AUGUCGAUGCGACCAGGGACGUCCGGCAGCAUGGGCGGCAGCGGCGACUCGCACAACGGCUCUGGAGCCGCGCCGCCGGGGAUGGGCGGAUCUUUGGCCGGCGUCGACCUAGGCCCUUCGAUGCUCUCAGCCGCGGGCCCCGCUCCCAACUCGGGACCCUCGUACCCUGCCGGCACUGGCCCAGGAGGCACGCCCACCACCGCGCUCAGCGUCUACCACCUCAUCACGCAGCUCUGCCAGCGACCCGACCCGGCCGCGCUCGCCGCAACCUCCAGCAAGAAGUCAGCCGGCGGUGGGCCUGGCCCCUCGUCGCCCUCGCCUCCGCCCGCUUCGACGAGCGGCAGCGGCGCAACGUCCGGCGAAGGUGCGCUUGCCGCCCUUACGGCCGCCGACAGCCUGCCCGGCAGCUCGGCGCAGCGCGAGAAUGCGCUGCUGGAGCUGAGCAAGAAGCGCGAGCAGUACGAGGACCUGGCGCUGGUGCUGUGGCACAGCUUCGGCGUCAUGUCGUCGCUGCUGCAGGAGAUUGUGUCCGUCUACCCGCUCCUGUCGCCGCCGGCGCUGACUGCGCAGGCCAGCAACCGGGUGUGCAAUGCGCUGGCGCUGCUGCAGUGCGUGGCGAGCCACAGCGAGACGCGGGGCCUCUUUCUGCAGGCGCACAUCCCGCUCUUCCUCUACCCCUUCCUCAACACGACGUCCAAGACGCGGCCGUUUGAGUACCUGCGUCUGACGUCGCUCGGCGUCAUCGGUGCGCUGGUCAAGCAGAACGACAACUCGGACGUCAUCACGUUCCUCUUGUCGACCGAGAUUAUCCCGCUCUGCCUGCGGAUCAUGGAGACGGGCUCGGAGCUCAGCAAGACGGUGGCCAUCUUUAUUGUGCAAAAGAUCCUGCUCGACGACAUGGGGCUGUCGUACAUCUGCCAGACGUACGAGCGCUUCUACGCCGUGGGCACGGUGCUGAGCAACAUGGUGGCGCAGAUUGUCGAGAGCCAGGCGGUGCGGCUGCUCAAGCACGUGGUGCGCUGCUACCUCCGCCUCAGCGACAACCCGCGUGCGCGCGAGGCCCUCCGGGCGUGCCUGCCCGGCCCGCUGCGCGAUGCCACGUUUUCGCAGCUGCUCAAAAACGACCACAUCACGAAGCGAUGCCUGGCCACGCUGCUCCUCAACCUUUCGGACCGCGUCGAGCAGUAG